UGCAUGAGGUAACAACCCUAAUCACGUUCGAAACUCGUUUCUUUCAAGAUAAAAGAACAAGGGGUUGUAAGUUUUUUGCAGGAGGCACAAUGAAGGAAGUUGCUGCAUAUUUGCUGGCUGUUCUUGGUGGCAACAGCUCUCCAACUGCGCAGGAUUUGAAAGAUAUUCUUGGUUCAGUUGGAGCAGAUGCUAAUGAUGAGAUGCUUGAGUUGCUGCUCUCUAAUAUGAAGGGAAAAGACAUCAAUGAACUGAUUGCAUCUGGAAGAGAGAAGAUGGCUUCGGCCUUAUCUGGCUGUGGUGGCGGUGGUGGUGUUGGCAGUGGUGCGGUGGAGGUGAAGAUAGCGGAGAAGGUAGAAGGGAAGAAAGAGGAGAAGGUUGCUGAACAGAAAGAAGAGGAGGAGUCUGAUGAUGAACCUAUUAUGAAUCUGUUUGGUGACGAUUAAAGCUUCGGAUGGCCGCAGCAGUUCUCUCUCUCCAGUUAUGAUGCUUUGUUUCCUGUUUGAUUUUAUUGUUGAGUGGUAGUCUUUGUUUGGUUGAUCGAAGAAUGAUUUUAUGUUUUCCAAUAAGAAAUAAGACUGAGAUAUUUCAAUAUUUGCCGUGAAAUCAAUUUCAAUACCCUAUUCUUGUUCA